CCAUGUUGGUGUCUGCCUGGCUCUUUAACAUGUGGAUGUGGCUCAGGAAGUGACCUGCCCACGGCAGCCACAAGAGGAAAAAGGAAGUGAAUAAAGUUGGUGGCUUCUGCCCAUGGAGGAGGAUGGCAAAGAACAAUGGCGCCAACCACCAGAGAGCCGCCUCUGUAAAACCCAAAGGUAACCUGGAGCAGACCAAGCUCGGCAACCACGAGAGCAGGCUUCCCUCAGUUGAUGAUGACGACGAUGUCUCCUCGGAACUGCAGCGAGUGGCUGCUUUGGAGGAUGCUGACCACUCCCCAAAAGGGGCCCUCUCCAGGAUAGCUCGGCUGGUGAUGGCUGUCCGAGGAUGGGCCAAGAAAGGUAAGAAAGAAGAGGAGAGAGUGGACUCCUUCCUCGCGCGUUUCCGUGGACCUGAUGUGAAAGGUUUAGCAACAGACUCGGCGACGGCAGGUGGAGAUGGCCUGGCAGGCCAGCGGCACAAGAAGAAGAAAUGGAAAGUCCUUGUGGUGGACCCUGCUGGGAAUUGGUACUAUCGUUGGCUCCUAGUGAUCGCAAUACCAGUGCUGUACAAUUGGUGCGUGCUGGUUGCCAGAGCCUGUUUCAAUGAGCUCCAGAGAAGGUAUUUGCUCUGUUGGCUCCUCCUGGAUUACCUGGCAGAUGGCAUUUAUAUCGGGGACAUUGUCAUCCGGAUGAACACAGGUUUCCUUGAGCAGGGAUUACUCGUCAAAGACUUCAAGAAGCUGCGUGCGAAAUAUUUUGCCACUUUGCAGUUCAAGUUGGACAUCCUAUCCAUUCUGCCUACUGACUUGGUCUAUUUCGCCGUUGGCAUCCAUCGGCCUGAGUUACGCUUCAACCGGCUGCUGCAUUUCCCUCGCAUGUUUGAGUUCUUUGACCGGACCGAAACGAGAACCAGUUACCCGAACAUCUUUAGGAUCUGCAAUUUGGUGAUGUACAUUUUAGUCAUCAUCCACUGGAAUGCCUGCAUUUACUACGCCAUCUCCAAGGCCAUUGGCUUUGGAGAAGACACCUGGGUUUAUCCAAAUAUCUCAGAUCCAGAAUAUGGAUACCUGACCAGGGAGUAUAUCUAUUGCCUCUACUGGUCCACGUUGACCUUGACCACCAUUGGUGAGACCCCUCCCCCUGUGCGCGAUGAGGAAUACCUCUUUGUCAUCUUUGACUUCCUCAUUGGAGUUCUCAUCUUUGCUACUAUUGUGGGGAACGUGGGCUCCAUGAUCUCCAACAUGAAUGCCAACAGGGCGGAAUUCCAGGCCAAGAUCGAUGCCGUCAAGCACUAUAUGCACUUCCGUAAAGUAAGCAGAGAGAUGGAAGCGAAGGUUAUUAGGUGGUUUGAUUAUCUUUGGACCAACAAGAAAACUGUGGAUGAGUGGGAGGUGCUCAAAAACCUUCCUGAUAAACUGAGGGCUGAAAUAGCCAUCAACGUCCACCUGGAAACCCUGAAGAAAGUGCGGAUAUUCCAGGACUGUGAGGCUGGGCUCCUGGUGGAAUUGGUGCUCAAGCUUCGCCCUCAGGUUUUCAGCCCGGGCGAUUAUAUUUGCCGGAAAGGAGAUAUCGGUAAAGAAAUGUACAUCAUUAAGGAAGGGAAGUUGGCGGUGGUGGCAGACGACGGUAUUACGCAAUUCGCCUUGCUGACGGCCGGCUGCUGCUUUGGGGAAAUCAGCAUCCUCAACAUUAAAGGAAGCAAAAUGGGGAACAGGCGGACGGCGAAUAUUCGGAGCAUCGGCUACUCCGACCUCUUCUGCCUCUCCAAAGAAGACCUCAUGGAAGCGGUGACUGAGUAUCCGGAUGCCAAGAGGGUCCUGGAAGAACGUGGCCGAGAGAUCCUCACCAAAGAGGGCCUGCUGGAUGAAGCCGCCGCGGCGGAAAGCAUGGAAGCGAUGGAUGUGGGCCAGAAGCUGGACAGGUUGGAGACCAGCCUGGAGACGCUGAAUACUCGUUUCUCUCGCCUCUUGGCGGAAUACGAUGCCGCUCAGAUGAAGCUCAAGCAACGCCUCACUUCUCUGGAAGCCAAACUGAAGGAAGACAAGGAGGAGGAGCUGUUUCUCGAGGGCAUUAUCAGCCCACUGGCGGGGGAAGAGGAAAAAACCAGCCCUUGAAGUCUUGCUUCCUAGAAUUUCCUGUUUAUUUACUUUAUUUACUUUGCUUGCAUGUUACUUAUUCCCUCCCCCCGCCCCCAGAUCUAAUUCUCAUCAGAUUAUCUGACCACAAGAUCCAUUUCCAAACUCUUGACACAGCUCUCUCCUCCCCUUACAGUAACCUUACAACUCUCCUAACUCUUCUUCUUUCACUAGUUAACAGAUAACGGAGUCUCCCUUUUUCUUAACUCCCUCCCUCCCUUCCUUUUCCUAGCCCCCUUCCAGAUGGGACAGUGCAGGAUAUUAGGAUAUUUUUCUGGGGGGAAAAAAGGCAUGGAAUUGAAAGCGGCUCCUACUCCUGACCUCUCUUCCGGUGGCAAUAAUCCUUUUUGAAAUAUCAUUUCACAGUUGGCGACUAACAGCCGGUUAAAAAAAAAUACGUCCCAAGUCUUCCUAUUUGUGGAGGCCAUUUCCCAUGGAAUUCGAUGGCCUCUAUUAUUCCACACGCAGAAGGAAGGAAAGCGUGUGCACAUGCUUCAUGUGUGUGUGUGUAGCGUGGGUAUUGUGUCCCAGGACAUGGAAUCAUCUCUCUAAGUGAGGGCUGCCUAGUUCAAGAUUGCAGAGGGAGAAAUGUGCCUAAAUCCCCUUGUACUCUUAAUCUCAGUUUUUUGCUGCCUGGAUCUUUUUAUUCUAUUAAUUCUGAACCGUGAGGUUUCCUGCUGUGUAUUCUCUUUGUUUUUUGAAGAUAACUGAAAUUUCUUCGGAGGCCACACUGAGUGCCAAAAAUUGCAGCACAUCCUAGCAGGAGUAGGUGUUUAGGGAUUAUCUUCACAUAUCUCAGGCAAUCGGGAAAGGUCAGAUCCAGAAUCUUUUCUGGCCCAUCCAUCCAUUCUCCUACUUAGAUCCAGUUCGAAGAGGACCUGAAAUUAAUUGGGAAUAGAUGUUCAACGAGCAUAGCUAUUGGUGGGUAGAGGCCUUACGGCUGCCCACCAGAUCCCCAUGAUUAUAUAGCCCAGUCCUCUUUGAAACCAGGGAUCUUUCAAACCUCGUGGAUGGGGAAAUUAUUGUGCUUUCCAGGAAUUGUGAAUUGGGUCCGUGUAAUGAAGUUGUCUGGAAAGGCUUUUGCACGAUGCUUCCUUACCUGAUCGGAUUCGGUCCUGGGCCCUAACAAUAAUAGAAAAACCAGCACUUUUCCUCAGGAGGAGAAGCAGCUGUGUUGCACCCUCAUGGUGACACUUGCUUGGCCUCCUUGAGAUGAUGUGGAAGUGAGCGGCUCUCCUGCUUCAGAAGCUGGGAACGAAGAAGAAAUUCUCCUGUGCAGCUUUGUAAAGAGGCUUUGGAGCCCUCCCACCAGAUCUAACUAGGACUGGAAGCAGAUUAGGCCAGUUGGGUAGUCAUCUGGUUCCUGAGAUAAAUGCCUAGGUGAAAGCAGUGUGCCCAAAGUCACUUUACAUAUUGCACUACUUUUAGUCUAUUUUAAGAGGCGUCUGCCUCGAUGCAAACAGAGUUACAGGGUCCCAUGUCAUCCUUUAAAAUAAAAUAAAUAAAGUACUCGU